AACAACACUGUCAAAACGCUGCUGUGAUUCCAACCCAAGGAUUACAAACAGAUGUGCAGUGUAUGGGUAAUUCUAGCAACAAUGUUGCCAACACUCAAUACUCAAACACUGUCCCAACAUCAUCGCCAGCACAACCAUUACAAUCAUCACAACCAUCACAACAUGAACUUCUUCAAGAACACCAACGGCAAGUUGAUGUAGAACACCAUGAAAAAAUUCUAGAACAAAUGAAACUCAGGCUCCUCAAAUUGUUGUCAAGUGCACAUCCAACAUUGCCACUAACAUUGCCCAGGUCAUGGUUUGGAGUUGUGGUAGAGCAAAUGGAAAUUCAGCUCUAUAAAAUGUAUUCAAGUAACCAACGUUUUGAAUCGUAUAAUCAACUUUUUAAAGAACUUAUACCAAAAUUGGAUAUGAAUCAAAUGAAAUGUCAACUAAAAAAUGCCCAAGGGAUUAAUACCAUGAACUCCUCCAGUGUCAAUGCCGUGCAAUCCAGAAACGUUUCAGCAAAUGCACACGGUCCAGUUCAACAAGCCUCCUCAACGGCGCCUUUUCCCACAUCAGGGUCAACCCCACUCUACAGACACGUUAUGCUACCAACUGCUGCUGACAAUGUCAGCAACCCUCUGGAUGGCUAUGCAAGCAAUUCUGGUCUGACUUUGUCGUCACCACCAUCAUCAUCAUCAUCGUCAUCAUCUUCAUCAUCAUUACAGCAACCUGCAGGCCGCAAUCAUCAUCAUCAUCAGCAGCAGCAGCAGCAGCAGCAGCAGCAGCAGAACUCUCCAAAUUCACAACUUCCCACUUCCUAUGGUCAACCGUGGCCGGUGCCAGGCAGCAGCAGCUGUGGUGGUGGUGGUGGUGGUGGUGGUGGUUGUUUGCAACCGAUGCAGGAGUGGUUGCAGAAUCAGCAAUCAAGUCAUUUUGCCAGUGAUUUGACUAGCGGCGGCGCAGGCCCACAGGCUCACACCCACACCCACACCCACACAAACACCGCACCGCUCACACACAUGACAGCUAAUGGCCACAACACGAUGCCACAGGCUUUGUGGUCCAAUCCUCCAAUGCGAAUUCGGCAAACUGCUCAUGCCAUACAACCCACACACCUCAUAGGUAAUGGACAUGGACACAGCCUAUUCCAAGCCUCACCAGCACCAACACCAGCACCAUCCCUACAUCCAUCACAAAUGACAAAUUAUCAAAUGCAAAAUCAGCUAGAUGCACACGCAGGUGGUUUAACUCGCUCAGGCUAUACUACACAGACACCGACUUCAAAUCAACCAAUACGGAAUCAUCAGCAAUCAAGUGUUUAUGCUAGUAAUUUGACCAACUCAGGACAUACCUCACCACAGCUCACACACAUGACGGUUAACGGACACAGCCCUACAGAUAGUGGUGGCCACAGUCUAUUCCCCAGCUUUUUCCACAGCAUACACUCACCGCAGCCAAGCCACCAAAGUCAACAGAUGUGGCAAAAUACCGGUAGGCAAAAUGUCCGUGCCAUACAGGAAAAACCCACGUACAGCACAGUUAAUGCACGUGGACCGAGCCUAAUACAAGCACCCCCAGCACCCGCCCUAUAUCAAUCACGGUCAAAUCAUCAAAUGCAAAAUCAUUUGUCAACGUUGUCCCGAGCCGCAUCUGGAUCGAACUGCCAGACUCAGGACUCGGGACAGAUGUUGGAAGGGAGCGUUACAUCUGUGGCCAGCGUAGACAACACAAAGAGUCGCUCGAAGAAGAAGAAGAAGAAGAACUUAAAAACUUUGGGGUCAACCCCCCCUCCGCCACCGUAUCGCAAACCGGCACCCAAAAUAUCACCACCACAGGUGACCCAACAUCAAAAUACGCCCCCUUCCACCGAUGGCAGCAUUUCGGCCAACACCGAAGGGCAGACCUCUUCUCCCUGUUACCCAGGAGACAAGACAGCUGGCUUGACAGAUUGCUUCGUCCUAAACGUAGUCCCAUUGAUUCCGGUCAAUCUGCAAAUGACUGUAGUUGGCAGCGUGGCUUCUAGUGUACCUAGUGAACCACAAAGCUUAAGUGUUCAAUCGUCAAAGCAAUUGUCGUCGAACGCCGUGCUAAUAAUUAACCAACAUCCCUUGCUGUCAAAUGUCCUUUUUGGUGGCAAGAUUAUCAAUAAAGACACUGUUACCUCUCUUGCAAACGAUGCCCCAUCAGCUGAUCAACCACAGUGCACCACCAGUGACGCUGCUGCAGCCCUCCACCCGAAAGACACCAUUGCUACUGAAGCACCCUCACAACAACCAUCAAUUUGCCCAAACGCAGACCCGCAUAGCACAGAGACGAGCUUACAGACAAUAGACUCUCUUACUGAUGAAAACUCUGUGUGCUUGGAUAGAGUUCUCAUGAACCCAAUUCCCUUUAGCCUGGGAAAAUUGAGAACGUUGGUGACAGAUCUGGAACUGAGAGAAAAAGAAACAAAAGCCGAGGACGUGCCAGACUUUGGGCGCUCCAUACUUGAUUGUUAUUGGGGCGGAGACUACGGUAACUACAUGACGGAGGAGGCGAACGGCACCUUCGACGAUAUUUUCAGGGAAGCUGAACAGUUUGAGACAGGGCAGACAGACGACAAACACGUGUUGAACGGGGUAACACAUCUCAAUGAGUUGAUCAAAAGCAGAGACGACGAUACUCCCUCCGAUGACGGAGCUGCUCCAGUCACCGAUGCGGAAAGCUGCUACAAGUCGUUCUGGAGAAAUGUGAGCGACGAACCGCUGGAUAUUGACAAGGAACUGGCAGAUUCGGAUUUCGUGAAGGACAACCUCCCAUUAAUUUGGGAAAUGAUGGAGAUUCAAAGAAAAGCCUGGCUUGAUAGCAUCCAAGCUGAAAGCGAAUCAGUAGACAACACAGACCUAAUCCGCACCUCUGACAAUACUUUGAGAGAAACUGAACAGUCGAUAAAGAUGGAGAUUCAAGGAACCAGCACCUAUAAUAACACCCGAGCUGAAAGCGAAACAGUGGACAGCGAGAAAGACAACCCCCUGUCCCUGCUUAAACAAAUGUGUGAAAACGUUAACGAUGGUCCUGCCGAGGCAGAAGAAGACGACGCAUGCGCGGUAUACGAGGUGCUGGACUGUGAUCAGGAUUUGAGAGCUGCCAUUGAAAUUGCCACAAAGUGCACGUCCAUCCUGGACAGGAUCAAGGACAGUCAAGUAGCCUGCCCCGAUAAUAUUCAAACCGAAAGCGUAACAGUAGACAACACUGACAGACUUCAGAAAAUUCAGACAAGUCUCUCAUCAUCAGAAGACUCUCUGGAGUUGAACCCUCAACCCUCCAGACACUAUCCGAACAGUCAAGAAAAGGACAAGAACACUGUAGUCACAGCGUAUGAAUUGCGAAAGUUUGUGAAUGAGCUGAGCACGGCAGACUGGUUGGACGUGGACGCGGACGCUCAACCCAGCAACUCUCCUGAGAACAAAGAUUACAGUACUCUAGUGGACAUUGUACUAAAACAGACCCUAUAUUCUAGCAAAACAUUGGCCAAUGGAAAUAUUGCGAAAGACAAUUGUCAGUCAGGGUUGGAGAAGACAGAGGAAAAAGACAUCCACCUCGAUGACACCCAGUCUGAAAAUGAAAAAGCUGACAGCACUGUAGGAAGUUGUAAUAAUAAUCAUCGCCAGGAUUUGGACAAUUAUCUGCCAUCAGAGACUGUGGAUUGCGGCAUUGAUGACCUUGACACUGCCAUGGAGGUCAACAGCAGCUCUUCACCAUCUGUACUCACUGUUGAAGAGUCAAAUACGGCUGGCCAGGAGUGUCCUGUGGGUCAAAAUGAAGCCAUGCUGUCCAUGAAUAUCAAAGUGCUGUCAGUGGACGAGUCGAAUUGUCUUUCAAAUCUAUUUAGUGAGACCACAUCUGCCAUUUGUUGCGAUACUGACGACUCUGACUCUGAGAAUGAUGUUGUGACGGGACCGGAACACCAAUUCCCAGUCAGAAUUAUUGAAACACAGACAACCUGGAACGGGAAAAGAGAAAAAAACACAGAUUUAACUGAACUGCUUGACGAACGCUUGACGUGCCCCAUUUAUGUUGACAUUAGUGAUGAUGAUGAUGCUGAUGACGAUGAUGAUGAUGACGAUGUGGAGUGCGUAACAGAUAUGAAUGCUACGACUAUUUGCCGAGUCCUGAGUCUGGAAGAAGCGUCAGUACUUGACUUGAGUGAGGAGAGCAUCCCCAAUACCCCCCGAUACCCGCCAACACCCCCCGAUAGUUCUGAUGUGGAGUUUGUUGGCUCUCCCCAGUCAGAUGUAGCUGUAUGUCAAGUCCAGACCCCAGGAGAUUUCACAAUAAUUGACAGAGAGGAGAGGACCUUGUCCCCCAACACUAGUGAUAGUUCUGAUGUGGACUUUGUAAACUCUCCCCUCUACAGUGACAGUACAGUAGACUUUGCAGUACUUGACAGAGAAGAGGGCACCUCUUCCUCCAAUAGAAAAGUGGGGUUCGUUAACUCUAACCAAUCAGAGGCAGCUAGACAUCAGGUCCCAACCACUGAGAAGUUACCGGUACAUGACAGAGGGACCAUACUUACUCCCUCUGCAGAGAAAACUGUUGAUGGAACUGUGGCAACUAACUGUCAAAAAAGGUCAAAGCUAGAACGUGAUCAUAUGACACUGUUGAAUGGGAAAAACAAUUCUGCUGCUACUCCUAACAAAAAGACUGUGAAGCGCCAGCGCAACAAGCACAAGCAGAAAGACAACAACGAGCAUAAGAGAGACAAGGUUAGCGAUUUGGAGAUCCCUGCCCCAAAGCCAUCACACAGUGGCGUGACAGUUAAAAAGAGGGACUCUUUGGUUGGUUCUGAGGAGAUCGCUGCUCCAAAGCAGUCGAGUAGCGGAGUGAAAUCAAGCUCCCCCAUCUCCCCGUUAGCUCCCACAAAGAAAAGGGCAACAGAGGAAAGACCCAAAGAAAGGCCCAUCAAUGAAACGCCAAGUGCAGAAAGUCUGGGAACAGAAAAUGGCAACAACAUCGCUCUACCUAGGAUGUACCAGCCGCUACCCUCCAAGACCAAUGAGACCAAAUCACCCCAAGAGAGACAUGAUGACCAAGACAAAGAAAACUCGACCUCUGCAUCGGCAGGGGUAAAGAAAACCAUCACGUGGUCAGAGACUUUGACAACAGUUGAACCGCCCCGAGCCAAUGACUAUUCUGCACGAGACAAGAACGAUUCUGCACGGGACAAGGUGAUGCGGAGCUGGGGGGACUCUUUCGUUCCCACAGCAACGUACAGACAGCGGAGGAGAUCCUCAGGGAGCUGCGAUUUGGCGGGAAAGAGUCCCAGCAGAAACCAUGACGACGCUCAGGAGGGCGAGGCCACGAGGAGGAGGAACGCAUCCGGAGAAGGCACCUCUGAGCAAGGCGAGCAUCCGCCAUCAUCGCCGGGCAAGAAAAUGAAGAAACACGCAAAGAGGCCGAGAAGCCCAGACGCUCAGGAGGACGAGGAAACGCGGAAGAGCGCGUCAUCAUCAUCGCCUGUCAAGAAGCCAAAGAAGCGCACUCGCAGCACACACAGGUCUUUCAGCCUUAACGAGAUGAGAAGGGAGGCCGAGAUGAUGUGCGGACCAAACCUGACGCCACAAGAGAAGACUGAGUUGGGGCUUGCCGUCGUCGAACGAUACAAGCAACGGCGUCUCUCUGAAACACAGCACUGAUGUGAAGGUCGGAAGGUUAAGACAAUCAUGCAUAAAUUAAAUCGGCACCCUGCCAGAAGUCUCCAGUGAUGUCGCUUUGCCUGGCUGCCAUCCAGCUUCGGUGCCAUCUCCAUCCAGCUUUGAUGCCAUCUCCAUCCAGCUUCGCGUCGCCCAUUGUGUCUUGAGGUUUGGACUGUUGGGGAUCCAGCUCGGCUGUAGGCCUGACCAACCACCACAACCUGUGCCAUCUCCGUACAGCUUCGGCGGCGGUGCGUCACCCAUCGUGUCCUGCAGCUGGAUGCCUCCUGCUGCUUGCUGUUCAUCAGCGGCUCGCCUCCACGAUAGGAGGCUCUGGGUUUUCAUAUCCCCAUGGCCUUUCAUCACCAUUCCCAUUGAAGGUUUGCUCAUCUCUCCACCAACGCUUCCAUAACAUCAUGGACAGAGAACCUUCCAUUUCCAUGUUCUUUUAUUGAGUCUUUGUAUAUCUGAGUGGCUGUAUUUGUUUUUGUUUUUAUGUUAUAUGAUCUUUAAAGAACUUUUGAGUGUUUAGGAAACCGCUAUACAAUACCAAUGUAUUAUUAUUAUUAUCAUCGUAUUAUCUUUCUUCAGUGUUAUGAACAGUGCAGAAUUGUACUGUGCCAAUUUGGGGGAAAAAAGCUGUAAUUAUACUUAGUUACAAUGCUAUUAACUUAAGUUACAAUACAUUCUACUGUCACUUUGAUUUUAAUGGUGCUCAGUGUGGUGGGUCAGAAAGAACCUAUUCCUGGACCUGCGACUUUUUAGUCUGCAUGCUGCCCCAUCACCUCCUGGAUGGGAAGUGAAAGAGUCAUGACUCCUGAUCUAUAUUUACAGUUAUUUUGUAGAGAGUAAGUAAUGCAAAAGUACCGUAAUGCCCAACAUUUUAAAUACAGUAUUAUUGUAAUGUAAUGGAUUACUUUGAGAUCACAGUGACAUGUAAUCAGUAAUGCAUUACAGUUUUUGGAGUAACAUGACCAACACUGUUUGGGAUACAUACUCUACAGCAUUUGAAUGUUUACCUGCAUUUGAAUGUUUACUACCCAUUUUUACAUUCAGUAAUUUACCUGCCAUAUUCGGAAUUUAUCGGACAAGAAAUGUUCUUUAGUGUUUUCUUACUUCUGUUUGGUCUGUUCAUCUGGUUGUGCUGCUAUUUUUUUUAAUUGUGCUUGUCAAUUUUUUAUGUACAGUAUUUGCAAGUACCCUUUCACCACUGCCUUAAGUUUAUCUUUUAUUUCCUAAUAAUUUCGUGGUCCACCUUUAUGCUGUAUAUGAAGUAAUAUUUUCCUUCACACAGACAACUGGAAGUUGCUAACUACGUUAGAUACUUCGUUGUUUUCAAUGUAACGAUACACUUCACUCACGAUUCAGUUUGGGUCUCGAGUUCUCGGUUCAGUACAGUGCAGUAAGGGCUGAACUUGAUGGGCCUUGAUGGGCCUCUCUCUUUCUCUCUGGCUGGGGCAGCCGUGGCCUAGUGGUGAGAGAGUUGGUCUUUCAAUCCAGGGGUUGCAGGUUCGAAUCCCCCCUGACCUCUCCCUACAUCUCCAUCCGUGGCUGAAGUGCCCUUGAGCAAGGCACCUAACCCCACAUUGCUCCAGGGACUGUAGCCAAUACCCUGUCAAAUAAUAACUGUAAGUCGCUUCGAAUAAAUGGAAGCGUCAACUAAGUGCAAUCUAAUGGUUUGGCUCGCCAACACAUGCACCCCACACGUAAACUGAAGGGCACACACCACAUGACUGAACCUGGUCAACCAGAAUUGCUUGAAAAAGGUCAUUAGACCGAAACGUCGCAAGUAAAACUCUGCAAAUGUGAACAGUGUGCAAGGGGGCCUUUUUUGUCUCAACCAAGACUUGUCUACCAGUCAUUGAGAGAGAUAAUGAAGCCUGUGACAACGGUUUAUCUCUCAGUUCGAUACAAUAUUGUUGGACACUUUUGGAUUGAAGGGGCCCCUCAAAAUUAACAGGGCAGAACUGACUUUAUUUUUUUAUGUAUUUAUUUGUUUUUUUGCCAAUAGACAGGGGUCUGGUGUUGCGCCAGUAGCUCCAGUCCUUAUGGUUGCGUUCGUUCCAAAGCGAUAAUCCACAGAAGCAAAGAGUGGAGCGCGCACACCGUCAGCAGAUGCAAUAAUUUGGAUGCAAUAAAUUUCCACCUGGAAAUGCCCGCUAUGCAAGAUGGCCAGGGGCCCACAAGGGUGCGGGGCCCACCUGGAAAUGCCCGCUAUGCAAGAUGGCCAGGGGCCCACCUGGAAAUACCCGCUAUGCAAGAUGGCCAGUCCAGCCCUGUCUGUCGGGGCUGGACUGUAACUGAAAAUCGGGCCGGGCAUUUCCAACCAAGUCUGGUCCACCAGGCAUCGAGAGACACAAUGAAAUCUGUGACAACAUUUUAUUUCUCGGUGUGAUACAAUAUCGUUACAGCCCUAUUAGGUACACUGCAGUCAAGAGGGCUGGACUGUAACUGAAAAUCGGGCCGGGCAUUUCCAACCAAGUCUGGUCCACCAGGCAUCGAGAGACACAUUGAAAGCUGUGACAACAUUUUAUUUCUCGGUUUGAUACAAUAUCGUUACAGCCCUAUUAGGUACACUGCAGUCAAGAGGGCUGGACUGUAACUGAAAAUGGGGCCGGGCAUUUCCAACCAAGUCUGGUCCACCAGACUUUUUUGUCUCUCGUACCCCCUAAGCCUCUUAGUUGUGCCGUGAGUACCCCCUAAUUCAUGUUCUAUAUCGCUUUAUCUGUCCUGAUGUGACUGCUCCACACAUUUGUUAUAACAAUACAAUUUUUCCAAGUACCCCCUGCAGUGUGCUCGCGUACCCCUAGUGGUACACGUACCCCUGGUUGGGAAACACUGUGAUACAGUAUCGUUAUAGCCCUAUUAGGUACACUGCAGUCGACAGGGCUGUUCCGGUACAGAGAAUCGGGCCGGGCAUUUCUAACCAAGAAUGGUUCACCAGGCACUGAGAGAGACAAUGAAGCCUGUGGUGACAUUUUAAUGGUCUUAUAUGAGCUAUUUUGACCACAAUAGCCAUCAUGCUUUAUUUAAAUCUGGCUACCUCCUUGCUGUUGUGACACAAGGACAGAUUAAACACCAUUGGGGAGGAGAGGGCCAAGCCAGUCAUCCACAGUCCCCCGGGCAAAUGCCCUGCAUGCCAAAUGGUCAAUCCAGCCAUGAGUGCACUGCUUCCAGUAAUACUUCCAUCUGUCUGCGUGUUAAUUUGGAUAAUUUGUAUACCUAAUGCAACAUAUUGUUGCCUUUUCUUUUUACAUCAAUUAUGUUGAAUUUUUAAAAGAUGUUUUUUAUAUAUCUGUAUCAGUAUUUUAUUUUUUAUAAUGACAAUGACUGUUUUCAAAAGUAUUUUGGGCAAUGCUGAAAGAAAAAUGUACUAAGUUGCCCAGAAUGUCUUCAAGGUUUGUUCUGUACAGAUGCACUGUGUUUCACUAUUGAUGUUAUUGUCUGGAAGUCUGUGGAAAGGCCAAGGGGGCCAGAAAUGUCCCUGUGAAAUAAAUGUUUUCAUAAGA